AUGGAGAGACCCAGCCCCUGCAUGGACCUUCUGGAGUACAGCGUCCUACAUGACCCUCUGCCUGAAAACACUGUCAGGGACAUCAUAAAAAAGCUGGUCCAGGCGCUGAUCCAGUUCGACAAAAAGUGGGGUUUCCAUCGCGACAUAAAGACCACCAACAUCCUGAUCCAGGAGACUCAAGAGGGGCCUCGAUACAUAGGCACUGUGAACUACUGCCCUCCGGAGAUGUUCCUCAGCCACGAAUGCAGGGCGGGUCCCACGUCUGUGUGGCAGGUCAGGGCCAUCGUCUAUGAACUUCUCAACGGCGACGGAAACGACUUUGACGUCUUUGAGUGGCUCAACGGAGAUCUGAGCCUUAAAACCAGCGAGGCGUCAGAAGAGGCAAUAGACUUUAUUCACACGUGUCUGAGCGUAGAGCCUGCAAACAGGAUCCGCCUGGAGGAGAUAGAGGGACACCCAUGGUUUAACACCAGCAUCAUGGCUCCUUCAUCAUCUUCAUAA